AUGACGCGCGUGCAGCUCCGGUUCCCAUUGGGCGGCGGGCGCGGGCUCGGCCAAUCAGGAAGCCUCGACGAGCGGAGCGCGGGCCAGUUCCCAGCCGGAAUGAGCGGCCAGUGCUGUUGCUGCUCGGUCUGGGGGCUGCUCUGUUGCCGUAGGCCUGCGCCACGUGUGUCAGGGUGGCACUCGCUGCGCUAUUUCUACACCGGAGUGACCCGGCCCGGCCCCGGGGUGUCCGAAUUCAUGGCCGUCGGCUACGUGGACGAUCAGCAGUUCGUCGGGUUCGACAGCGACCGGUGCCAGAUGGAGCCGCGGAUCCCAUGGAUCCGGGAUAAUGAGGGACCGGAAUACUGGGACUUCCAGACACGGAUCCUGAAGGACGCAGUGCAGGUUUUCCGCGGGAACCUGCGGACCCUCCAGGGCUACUACAACCAGAGCGAGGACGGGGCUCACUCCAUUCAGCUGAUGCACGGCUGCCAGCUGCGGGAGGACAACACCACCGGCGAUGGGGUUUACCAGUACGGCUACGACGGGCAGGACUACAUCACACUGGACAAGGCCACGCUGAGCUGGACGGCGGCGGACGGCGGGGCCCAGAACACCAAGCGCAAGUUGGAGGCCGACAGGACCAUCACCGAGCGACACAAGGCCUAUCUGGAGGAAACGUGCAUCGAGUGGCUCCGGAGAUACCUGCGUUUCGGGGGGCCCAACCUCACCCGGGCAGAUCCCCCCACGGUGCAGUUGCUCCGUCACCCCGGCCCCGACGGGGACGACGUCACCCUGCGGUGCCGGGCCCUCGGCUUCUACCCGGCGGACGUCAAGUUUAAGUAGCGGGAAGGGGAAGACAUGAGCCAAGAGAUGGAGUACGUGGAGACGAGGCCCAGCGGAGAUGGCAAGUUCCAGAAAUGGGCGGCGCUCAGAGUGCCACAGGGAGAGGAGCAGAAAUACGUCUGCUCCGUGGACCACGACGGUCUGGCCCAGCCCCUCGCCGUGCACUGGGUUUCAGAUGCAUCUUCCUCACUAUCUCCAUCCCUACUCAUCGUAUUUAUCAUCGGGACUGUGGCCACCAUCCUGUCAUCAUUGCAGCCGUGGUCAGAGGCGUCAUCUGGAGGAAGAAGAAAUCAGGUGGGAGGGAAAGGAGAACCAGGCAGUGGGAAAGGCUGGAAGUCCAAUGGUUCCGGUGUGACCAUGUGGGUCAGGCCCGGCCCCCCACUCUCCCUCUCAACCAUCCCAGCCUAA